AUGGCGUCAUUCCCUCGAGGAGCCACCCUCAGUGAGCUCCUAGAAAAGCGGCAUCGCCUCUCCCUCGCCCUGGAGAGCAACACCCGUCUCCAAUCCUCCCUCUGCCACGCCAUAGAAGAUCUUCCCCGCUCCCUCGUCGAGCUCUCUCAAGUCGAAUCAGUCCUCGAUCUGGCCGAAGAGCUCCACACAUCCGAUAUAGCUGAGAGAUCCAUCGUCUCCACCUCGACGCAUUCGUCCAGCCUUCCAAUCCUCGGCGCUCGACUGCCCGCUGUGGCGCAGGUAAACAAGGAGCUCCACGACCUACGAGAAGUGACCUGUCGCCCCGCCUGGAACAAGGUAGACGACACAGCCUUGCGUCGCUGUGUCGAGGCAGAAUGUAAACGUCUAGCCGCCUACGAAGCGGCCAAGUUGCGUAAUCCGGACCCCUUAGGUUAUGUAGCUUCGCUCAGCGAUGAGCAACUCGCACGCUGCGCCCUCGGUCCCGGAUUCGAUUGGCACUCCCUCGCACUGCGCAUCGCCCCCAAAGGGUCCACGCCUGCGCACACCGGUGCGGCGUGUAGCACCCGUUGGAUCAUGAGCGUGCAAAAGGGUCCACCCAGCAAAAUGACAUUGAGUCCCGAGCAGGAGGCCGAGCUACGCAAACUCGUCAAUGCACAGGGGAGCCGUAUCGAUUGGCAUCACGUCGCAUCGCAGCUCGUUGCGACGCAUCCCUCUCUACCCGUCUUGGAGGCGCACGACGCCCUCUAUUCGUACACUCGUCUCCUCCCCGAUCAGGAUGAGGAGAUGGAGAAUCACGCAGCCAUAGAUGAUCAGGAGCUACUUCGCCUCAUAUCCGUCUUUGGUUUCGAGUGGGCAAUCCUGGCCGAGCGCACACGAAAGAGGCGUAGCGCUGUUUGGGACAGAUUUAGGCGCGCGUUGAAGAAUACGCAUACGAGGGGGAUCUGGAACGAGGGGGAAUUACAAAGGUUGAGGCAAGGGAUUGAAGAGCAGCUAGCGACUGGAGAAGUUGGAGGGGAUCUGGAAAAGGUGGAUUGGACGCGUGUCUCCAUCCUUGUGGGGAAGAGGACGCCAGCUCAAUGUCGUAUGAGGUGGAAGAAGAGAGGAGCACGUAUACCAUGGGCGACGAAGUCUGGCGAGCAACCCGAGACCAACGGGGAGCCCGCCUCUGCCACCGCCACGACCUCCUCCUCCUCCUCCGCCGCUGCACCUCCUCGAGGUAAAUCCGUCCGCUGGACCCUCGACGAGGACGAACGCCUCAAAGCCGCCAUAGCCCAAUCCGACUUACAAGCUGCUCAACCGGGCAAGAAGCAUUGGAGUUGGCAGGAAAUCGCGAAAUUCGUUGGAGGGAGGACAGCUUUGCAGGCCAGUGAGCGAUGGAGGACUAAAUUACAGCAAGAGGUCGCAGGUGGAGUCGCGAGGAGGAUUGAUAGGAGUGGGGUCAAAGUUGGAGGCGGGAAGAGGAGGAGUGGGAGAAAGAGGAAGAGGGUGAAGGAUGAGGAGAGUGAGAGCGAGCAGGAGGGAGACGAGGAAAAGGAGGAGGACGCGGAGGAGGAGGAGGACGCCGAAGAUAUCGCAGCCGGCACACCCACAGAGACGCAGGCCGACUCGAACGACAGCAACGCCGAGGACGUCGAGGUGUUACUGCCUCCUACCACGUCCUCCUCACGACGAGGCAGAAAGCGUAAAUCGCCACUCCGCAACGCCGAGGAAGGCUACGCGGUACCUCGUCGCUACAUCACUCGACGUCGACGAGGAUGA